GCCGUAGUGACAUUCAAGUAGUUGUAUUUGCGCUACGUUCACUGUCUUUGUUUAUCUUUUUUACGGAUGUGAUGUCAGCAUAUAGCGUAGGCUACUGCUACUGUUUUGAAAGCUGGACUGGACAAUAGUCUUGAAAAAAGAAACACUGAUUAUAUCACAAUGCCAGUGAGUCCAGUAGAAGGAACCUCUAUGGCCACAAAGCUGUUACUGGUGCUGUCAUGCUGGGCAGCACUGGGCAGUGCCAUGCCGGACCCAAAUUACAGAGAAUACUUGAUUAAGACAGAGAAAUCACAGCAAACGGGUGGCAGAGUGCUUCUCACAAAUGCUGAGGAGCAACUUAGUGAGGUGUUGCAGAAAAUGAAGCAGGAAGAAAUGGAGAGUUCAGAAUUUCCUCCAGCCAUGCAUUUCUUUAAGGCUAAACCCCUGAUAAAUCACAGCUCCCUCUUCAAUUUACUACGGAAGAUGCCUAAAGGUGGAGCUCUUCAUGUCCAUGAUUUUGCAUUGGUGGAUGUGGAAUGGCUGGUGAAGAAUGUAACAUACAGGCAACAUUGCUAUGUUUGUUUUACUGAUGAUCAGUCAGUGAGAUUUAUUUUUUCUUCUCAUCAACCAAAACCUAUUCCUCAUUGCUCUGAAUGGAUACUGCUUGAAACUGUGAGGGCCAAGAUUGACAACACUACAGAUUUGGACAACGGCCUCAUAAGCAACCUAACACUUUACACUGAUAACCCAGAGGCUGCAUAUCCUAAUCAAGAUGUUGUGUGGAAGAGGUUUGAGGAAACCUUCCUUGCGGCAUGGGGACUGGUCACAUAUGCUCCUGUCUUCAAGGAUUACUUCUUUGAGGGCCUGAAACGAUUCAAUGCUGAUAAUGUCAUGUAUUUGGAGCUGAGGGCAUUGCUACCACAGACAUAUGAGCUGAAUGGAACCAUAAAUGACCGAUUCUGGACACUGAGAGCCUAUCAAGAAGUAUUAACACAGUUUGUAGCUGAACAUUCAGACUUUUUUGGAGCCCGGGUGAUUUUCACAGCCAAUAGAGGAAUAAAUGCAUCACAGUUGAAAGAAGUAAUUGAGGAGGCAGUUAAACUACAGAGAGAGUUUCCUGAGAUUAUGGCUGGGUUUGACUUAGUGGGGCGAGAGGACACUGGGAGGCCCCUUUGGUACUUCAAGGAACCCUUGUCCUUACCAGAACAACUGGGAGUCUCUCUGCCUUACUUCUUUCAUGCUGGAGAGACUGAUACUCAAGGGACAGAUGUGGAUCAGAACAUACUAGAUGCUCUCCUAUUUAAUACCUCACGCAUUGGACAUGGAUUUGCUUUGGUGCGCCAUCCAACUACCAAGGCCCUUUCUCGGAAAAUGGGGGUAGCAGUGGAGGUGUGUCCCAUAUCCAACCAAGUACUGAAACUUGUGUCAGACUUGCGUGACCAUCCUGCUGCAGUUUUGAUGUCUGAGGGUCACCCCCUUGUGAUUAGCUCAGAUGACCCAGCCAUAUUUGGGGCAAGUGGUCUCUCAUAUGAUUUUUAUGAGGCAUUUGUGGGCAUUGCUGGACUGACAUCUGGUGCAGGCACACUGAAAGAACUUGCAAUAAACUCAAUCAGGUACAGUUCCUUAUCCCCUCAGCAAAAAGAGGAAGCAUUGUCCAUAUGGCAAAAAAAGUGGGACAAAUUUGUGGUGGAGAAUUUACCAUAAGUUUUUUUUUCUAUAACCGGCUGGGUGAUUGAAUGCAUUUUUUCCGCUUUCCCCCUUUUUCGACAGGACAGGGAAGUAAGCUUGACAUUAGCAAUGUUUCCAUUAAAAUUUUGUGCAAAAUAAAAGUAAUAUUUGUCAAAAUUCGACAAAGCACAAUU